CUUUUAUAAGGAGACUAAAGAGGGCUAUUUCGCCAAAUGGGAUAGUGAGCCAUAUUCUUUUUGUAUUUGUUAUUACUCUGAUAACAUUACAACGGUUUCAAUAUGUCAUCUCAAUUUGGAAAUACAGUAUAUCCAUGGAUGUCAAGGUUGAUACUACGAAAAUAUUCUUGACGACGACGAAUUUACAUUUCGUACAGUAUGAGUUUUGUU